CACCACUACCACCCACCUCACUGCACUCUCGCUUUCACUGUCUUCUGAAAAAAAAAAGAAAAAAGGAAGGAAGGAGUUGAGUGUGACAGCACGAGAGAGAGAGAGAGAGAGAGAGAGAGAGGAAGAGGGAGGAACAUAAACGGCAUAUAUAGUCAGAGAAGUUGACCGACAGUUGAUCAUUCACAAAGCGCGGAAAACAAGUGCGGGACAAAGAUGGUUCGGUGGUUCCACAGAGAUCUGUCCGGUUUGGAGGCGGAGAAUCUCCUGAAGACUCGUGGAGUUGACGGUAGUUUCCUGGCGAGACCGAGUAAAAAGAACGUUGGUGAUUUCUCUCUGUCAGUCAGAGUGGGUGAUGGAGUGACACACAUCCGUAUCCAGAACACAGGAGAUUAUUAUGAUCUGUACGGAGGGGAAAAGUUUGCGACUCUGGCGGAGUUGGUGGAGUAUUACACCGGAGAGCAACACGGGGUUCUGCAGGACAGAGACGGAACCAUCAUCCAGCUCAAGUACCCGCUCAACUGCUCUGAUCCUACCACUGAGAGGUGGUACCAUGGCCACCUGUCGGGUCCGGAUGCGGAGAAGUUGUUGCGUGAGCGUGAUGAGGUGGGGGUGUUCCUGGUGCGCGAGUCUCUGUCCAACCCGGGGAACUACGUCCUGUCCGCUCUCACUGAUGAGAAAACGUCUAAGGGCAAGAGGGUGUCUCACAUCAAGAUCCUCUACAGCAAUAACGGCUACACGGUGGGGGGGAAGGAGGUUUUCGAAACGCUGUCCGAGUUCGUGGAGUUUUACAAAAAAACUCCCAUUGAGGAAGUCACUGGAACCAAGGUUUACCUGAAACAGCCGUAUUUCUCCACCAGAGUGAACGCGUCAGAGAUCGAUCGCAGGGUGAAGCAGCUGGAUCAGUCCAUUGAGCCACAGAGCAACGAAGGAGGAGACAAAAAGAUCAAAGCUGGAUUCUGGGAGGAGUUUGACGCUCUGCAGAAGCUCGACACCAAAAUGAAGAAGAGCAGAGAUGAAGGGAUGCGACCGGAGAACAAAAGCAAAAACAGAUACAAAAACAUCCUGCCUUUUGAUGAAACCAGAGUGAUUCUGCAGGGUGGAGACCCUGCGGAUGGAUCUGAUUAUAUUAAUGCCAACUUUGUUAAGAAUAAGAUGUGUGAGAUCUGUCCUCCAAAAGUCUACAUUGCGUGUCAAGGCUGCCUCGCAACAACUGUCAAUGAUUUCUGGCAAAUGGUGUGGCAAGAGGAGUCACGGGUCAUUGUCAUGACGACGAGGGAGGUCGAGAAAGGACGGAAUAAAUGCGUGCCCUACUGGCCCAGUUGUGAUGAGCCGAAGGAGUUUGGGAAGUACGUGGUGACUGCACUGUCUGAGAGAGAUGCUGAUGAUUAUAAAGUCAGAGUGAUGGAGGUUGCACUGAGUGACGGGAGCGAGAUGGCGAGAGAGAUCUGGCAUUUUCAGUACCUGAGCUGGCCGGAUCACGGUGUCCCUGAGAAGCCAGACAAAGUCCUCAGUUUCCUCACACAGGUCAACAGCAAGCAGCAGGAGUUUUCCUGCACGGGGCCCAUGAUCAUCCACUGCAGUGCUGGUAUUGGCCGAACAGGAACCAUUGUUGUCAUCGACAUGCUGAUAGACAUAAUCGACACUAAAGGUGUGGACUGUGAUAUCGACAUACAGAAGUGUAUUCAGAUGGUGAGAGAACAGAGGUCGGGGAUGGUGCAGACGGAGGCGCAGUAUCGCUUCAUUUAUCUCGCCGUGCUGAAGUACAUCGAGUCUCAGAAAGACAUACAACAUGCCAGAAUGGCCACAGAGACUGAGUAUGGAAACUUGUCCCUACAACCCAAACAUGCAAAAGCCUCCCGCAAAGUGUCCAAGAAUAAAGAGGAUGUGUACGAGAAUCUGGGAGCGAAGGGGAAGAAAGACGUGAAAAAGCAGAAAUCGGAGGAGAAGAAGAGCGGCUCUGUGAGGAAACGAUAAGAGUGAGAGAGGAUUAACGAUGAGGGCCUCACCACGCUCUCACCUGUUUCUGGGUCUUGCCAGUUAAACACAUUAUUAUUAUUAUUAUUAUUAUUAUUAUUAUUAUUACUAUUAUUAUUAUUAUUAUUAUUAUUUUGUCAGAUUUAACACAGGACCGAUAUUAAUAUGAUUAAAUUAGUAAUGAUUCUGUAAACUAUGAUUUUAACACAAAUGUGUUUACAAUAAAGUGUUUCUCCAACAAA